AUGAUGUCGACCGCGCACACGCAUGGACACGAGGCUUGCUCAAAGGACCCGGCGGGCUGUAUGCGUGCAGUUGUAUGGACCGGUAAUGCCGUUAAGUUGGCGCAUGUUGCAAAGCCAAGGAUUAUCGAAGCAUCGGAUGUAGUGGUUAAGGUCACUGCGUGCUCUGUGAGCCCAGAUUUUGCAACCGAUAUUUGUGCAGGAGUGGUCAAAGGACUAGAAAAUAAUCAAAUUCUGGGUAGCGAGGCUGUAGGUAUUGUAGAAAGUGUCGGUGCUGAAGUGAACAAGGUUAAAGUUGGUGACCGCGUUGCUGUUAGCUUCGUUCUGGCUUGCGGUAAUUGCAAGCACUGUCGUCGACACGAGUACGCCGCAUGCAAUUGCACCAAUGCAUCUCAAGAGUUUAAGCAGACCUAUGGCGGCUGGGCGCCUGCCGCCGUUUUAGGCAGCACACGAAUGCUUGGAAAUGUUCCUGGUGUGCAGGCUGAAUAUGUUCGAGUGCCAUUUGGCGAUGUGAAUUGCUUCAAGUUGCCAGCGGGAGUAAGUGAUGAUAAGGCCGUGUUGGGUGUCGAGACAACUGUGACAGCGUUGCACGCUGUCGACACUGCCGGAAUCAAGGAAGGUGACUGUGUUGUCAUUUGGGGUUUAGGUCCUAUCGGGCUUCAGGCUGCUCACUGGUGUAAGCUCCGGGGUGCAAAAUCCGUGCUGGGAAUUGAACUUUGCGCUGAGCGCGUUAAGUUUGCACAGGAUCAUAUGAAUCUUCACGUGAUCAAUCGUCUCGAUUUAUCGAGCGCUCAGGUGGUAGCAAAGCUACAACAAAUGCUACCACCUGGAGGUGCAGACGCUGUAAUUGAUACAAGCAGUUGCUCUACUUCAUCCGGCUGGAUGGCUACAUUGGAGAAAACAAUUGGAAUGGAGAAUCAGCCCGAGCCUGCUGACACUUUCAAGGAGAUGCUGAUGAUUGUACGCAAGUGCGGCCACCUUUCCAUUGUGUCCGACUACAUGUGUUCGGUACGGUCUUUCCCCAUCGGUCACAUCGCGAUGAAAAGCGUUACAGUACACGCUGGUCGCACACCAGCUCAGAAAUACUAUCCUCAAGUGUUCGAUGCAAUCGAGAGUGGCGAGCUGGACCCAUCGGUGCUUAUUUCGCACCGCAUCGCUCUCGAGGAAUUACCUGGGGCAUAUUCCGGCAUUUCCAAGAAGGACGGCGGCUAUUUGAAAGUGUUCAUUGCUCCGCACGAAAUGCGCUCGAAGGUGUAA